GCCCUCUCCAAAAAGGAGGAAGGCAGGUUCUGGGGUGCUGUUCUCCUCUACUUUCUCAUCAUCGCUGUGGCCGUUCCCGUCCUCGCUCUCAAAGAGUGGACGCUGCAGAGGUUGGCGCUCAUGUGGAGGGAGUGGAUGACAAACCACCUCAUCACCUUGUACUACUGCAAUGAGAGAGCAUUCUUCAGGCUAGCUGCUGAGGACGUUCUACACAGCAUCGACAACCCGGAUCAGCGUAUCGUCAGUGACAUCGAGUCGUUCACAAAAACCUCUCUCAACUUCAUGGUCGUCUUUCUCGGCGCUGGCCUUCAGAUCUUCUCCUUCGGCGCCAUCCUCUACAACAUCUCAGGCAAGCUUGCAGUCUUCACGAUCCUCUACUCCAUUCUCAUCACCGGCGCCAUCACCUGGCUCUUCGGAAAGAGGCUCACAGUCCUUAACUUCAUCCAGCGCAAGUGCGAGGCUGAUCUCCGCUUCAACCUCGUCCGGGUGCGAGAGAACGCUGAGUCGAUCGCCAUGUACAACGGGGGGGGGCGGGAGCUUCAGACCUCUCGCUCUUUCCUCUCUGCUCUCAUCGCCAACAACCGCAACGUCAUUUGGUGCAUGUUCGGACUUGAGAUGUUCCAGAACGCGACCCAGUACCUCACUGGGAUCCUCCCGGCCGUCCUUGUGGCUCCGCAGUACCUUGCAGGAGAGGUGGAGUUUGGAGUCGUGAAGCAGGCGCAGGAUGCAUUCUUCAUGCUUCGCUACUCCCUCUUCGUCAUCGCCAACAGGACGGACGAGUUCUCCUCCUUCGCCACCGGGCUCGAUCGCCUCGAAGCUCUCGUGAUCGCCAUCGUCGGGAGCAAGCAGCUCGAACAGCGGGAGAUCAGCAUGCAGACCUUCUCCUCUUCCUCCUCCCCUCCGCCUUCACAGCAGGCUGAAGGCCAAGGCCUCGUCAUCCGCAGCUUGUCAGUCUGCGUCCCCCGCACCGUCCGCAAGCUUGUGCAGGAUCUUCGGGUCACGCUGGAGGCCGGCGAGUCCCUCCUGAUCAUGGGGCCCUCCGGAGCAGGCAAGACCUCCCUCCUCCGCGUCCUCUGCGGCCUUUGGGAGUCAGGGUCAGGCUCAGUCCAGCUGGGGGAUCCGGUUUUCUUCCUCCCGCAGAAGGUCUACAUGCCCAUGGGCAGCCUCGCUGACUGCAUCUGCUACCCCCACCUCGGAGUUUGCGGGUCUGUCACGGACUCUGCUCGCCUGCUCCAGCUGCUCAACGAGGUGGGGCUGGGGCGUCUCGAUGGACAAGACCUCGGUCCGGGUGAGAAUGACAAGGAGGUUGACUGGAGCCGAAGACUUUCUCCCGGGGAGCAGCAAAGACUCUCCUUUGCCCGUCUUAUCAACUACGGCAAAGUCCAGCAGGUGUUCCUGGAUGAAGCCACCAGCGCGCUAGACACGAGCUCGGAGGCAAGGCUGUACGCUCUCCUCCCUUCGCUCUGCUCCGUCUUCGUAUCCGUCGGUCAUCGUGACACGCUCGUCAAGUACCACUCGCACAUCCUCCUCCUCCACGUAGGCUGA